AUGCAGACCCGUGGCAACGCUUGCGACCAUGGGUUUCGCGAGCAAGUGCCAGCUUCAUUGUCGUAUUUUGCGGCUGGGGUGAAGACGUCUGGCGUGCCAACCCAGAUCAUGAAUCGUGCCUUCGAUGACAUUGGCAGCGGCCCCGCGCACGGCAGCUUCGCGGGGGGCGGCAGCCAGUGGCGCGCGCAGAGCACGCCCAGCGGGCGCACCGCGCCGGCGCCAGCUUGGAAUUGGGCCAGCGACGAGGGCCAUGGCCAGGAGUACUCGCGCGAGCCACCGCCCAUGGGCCCGGGCAUGCCGCAGGACAAGGCGGGCCUCAUGGGCUUCCUGAAGCUCGUGGAUUUCGACUCGUGCAUGGCGCACGGCAACGCCGGCGCCCAGCGCGUGCGCCACCACGCCAACUCCGCGCUCGGCAGGUGCUGACGCAACCAGCGCGGCCGACUCCGCGGCCGCCAGCGCGCGUGCACGCCACGGGCGGCGGGCCCCCUCCUCCAGGUCCUCUUCCUCGUGCUUCUCGUAAUGUUCUCCGCCAGCCGCCCGAAUCGACCCGCGGCGUGCAGACGGAACACGCCCGAGGGUGACCAUGCAGGAGACCCCGCGCACCGCGC